AUGCUUCCAGGUAGAACGUGCACGCACACGCUGCUUUUCGCACAGUUGAUAACUCCUGAUGGCAAAAAUCAUGGUCUUCAUGGAUUCCUGGUACCGAUAAGGGAUCCUCAUACUUUGGAGGUAUACCCUGGACUCAUUGUCGGAGACAUGGGAGAGAAAAUCGGUGUUAAUGGAAUUGAUAAUGGAUUCAUAAUGUUCAACAAGUAUCGAAUACCUCGCGUAAAUCUUCUCAAUCGGACUGCCGAUGUCACCGAAGAAGGUGUCUAUGAGAGUUCCUUUUCUGAACCUUCACGGAUACUUGGAGCUGCACUGGAGAAUCUUUCAGCUGGUCGUAUCGGAAUAAUGCAGGAGAGCUGUCACUCGAUCUCUAGCUUAGUCGCGAUCGCAAUACGAUACGCCGCGACGCGCAAACAGUUUGGCGAACGGCAAAACGAGACAGCCCUAAUUGAAUAUGAGUUACAUCAAUGGCGUCUUUUCGGGUAUGUCGCGGCCGCUGUUGUGUUCCGGUUCUACCUGCAGAACUUUGCCAAUGUGUAUCUUCAGAUAGUUGAGAAAUCUAACAGUGGUGACGGUGUGGAUAACUUGACUGAAGCAGUAUCAGAGAUCCACGCGAUGGUGUCCUGCAGCAAGCCUUUGCUGACCUGGACGGUGCUAGAAGCCGCACAGCAGUGCCGAGAAGCUUGUGGUGGACAUGGAUACUUGAAGGUUGCAAACAUAGGUGACAUUCGCAGUAACCACGAGCCGACAGUCACAUAUGAAGGUGACAACAACGUUCUCUCCCAACAAACAGGGAACUGGCUUCUUAAGCAAUAUGAAGCCGUACUCAAUGGACACGACGUGGACUCACCCUUAGGCACAGUCACUUUCCUGAAAGACAUCAAGACGAUACUCAAUAGCACCUUUACGUGUAAAACCACGGAUGAAAUGAAGAAUCCUAAAUUCAUAUUGUCAACAUACAAAUGGCUUCUAUGCUGGCUUAUAAAGUACACGCACGAGAAGAACGAAGCUGAGUUAGCAAAAGGUCUAACAAAGAUGCAGGCGAGGAGUCGAAGUCAAGUAUACCGAUGGAGAACCCUCACGAAGGUCUACGCCGAGUACCUCGCCCUGGUCUUCUGCCUCGAGAGCAUAGAGAAGACCGAAGCACAAUUACUUCCGGUUUUGAAAAAACUAUUUUGUCUUUAUGGCUUAUGGUCCUUAGAUAAACAUUUGGUGGAAAUGUACCAGGGAGGGUUCUCAAAAGGAGAAGAAUUAGCGCGCCUUUUACGAGCGGCGAUCUUGGAAAUGUGCGCGGAUUUGAAGACCGAAGUUGUCAGCGUUGUGGAUGCGCUUGCGCCGACCGAUUUUGUACUCAAUUCGGUUUUGGGAAAAAGCGAUGGAAACUUAUACCAACACUUGCAAAAGGCCUUCUUCAGCCACCCCGGAGCCUUCGAACGAGCUCCAUGGUGGAGAGACGUCGUCAAAUCCAAGUUAUAA